AUGACAUUGAUUACUUUUCACAAUGGGCGUCCCCAGCCCGAGCUAUCAGAAUCGACUUUGCGUGGUCUGAUUGAGCGAAUAACGGAAGAUCUGAGAGAUAUUGAAGCAUUUCUUCCCAUCAAAAUAUCGACUAGAAGAAGGGAAAGAAUACGCGAGUUCCUUACGGCGGAGCUAAACUCAUUGAAGCAAUAUGAACGGGAUUUUCAGCGCUUGAACCAGGAGAGCCAAGUGGACUACCUGCUCAUUAAGAAUUACAUGGAGCGUGAACUCCGACAGUUGGACCUCGAUUGCAAACAAGAUGAGAAGGCAUCUGCGCUGAUUCCAUUUGCGACUAUAUUGGUUGAUCUUUGUGAGGCGAGGGCCUUCGUUCUGCCAAUUAAUUCCCAGGAAGCUGCCCAGAAGUUGUUUGAGGUACAGGUUGGAAUUGCUGAAGUCAUUGAAAAGGUCGAAAAUGAAAGCACUGCGCAGUCGAUUGAAAAACCCGUGGCAUUCCGCGCGGCUCGCACAAUUGAUGCCCUGCGUGACCAUCUCAACGAGUGGUAUCUAUUCUACAAAGGAUACGAUCCAUCUUUCGAUUGGUGGGUGUCGAGCCCAUACGGUAUCGUGGAAAAAGGUCUGCAAAAUAUUUCCGCAAUUGUUCGAGAUCGCCUUGUUGGAAUCAAGGCAGGGGAUGACGGCGCGAUUGUUGGGCAGCCCAUUGGACGCGAAGGACUUCUUGCCGAUCUUCGAGCGGAAAUGAUCCCUUACAGCCCCGAGGAACUCAUCUCUAUUGGAGAGAAAGAAUUCGAUUGGUGUAUCGGGGAACUGAAGAAAGCCUCGAGCUGUAUGGGCCUGAAGAGCGACUGGAAACAAGCUCUUGAAAAAGUCAAGAAUGAGUACGUGGAGGCUGGGAAGCAAACACAAUUAGUCAAAAAACUUUUCAACGAAGCUGUGGAAUUUGUUGAAAAGCAUGAUCUCGUCACAGUUCCAUCUGUGGCAAAAAAUGCGUGGCAGAUGUUUAUGAUGUCGCCAGAAAGACAGAGGGUCAACCCAUUUUUUCUCGGCGGGGAUUCAAUCAUUGUAUCAUAUCCGACUGAUACGAUGGAUCAUGAGGCGAAGCUGAUGAGCAUGCGAGGUAACAAUGUUCACUUCGCGCGUGCAACAGUAUUCCAUGAAAUGAUCCCAGGACAUCACUUGCAAAUGCACGUCAAUGCCAGAUCUAAACCUUAUCGACGCAUUUUUGACAGUCCAUUCUCAGUGGAAGGAUGGGCCCUCUACUGGGAAUUUUUGCUCUGGGACGACGAAAGAUUCGUGAAAACACCCGAAAAUCGGAUUGGAAUGCUUUUUUGGCGGCUUCAUCGGUGUGCCCGUAUUAUAUUCUCGAUAAAAUUUCACCUUGGUCAAAUGGCGCCUCAAGAAUGCAUCGAUUUGCUUGUGAAUGCGGUUGGACAUGAAUACGCAACAGCGGAAGGAGAGGUUAGGCGAUCUCUGAGUGGUGAAUAUUCACCACUCUAUCAGAUCGGCUACAUGGUGGGCGCAAUACAGAUUCAUGCCAUGCGAAAAGAGGUCGUGGGCCAGGGCAUAAUGAGUGAAAAGAUAUUCCACGACACAUUCUUGAAAGAAAAUCGGAUGCCAAAUGAGAUCAUGCGGGCAUUGAUGCUGGGCAAGAAGUUAUAUCCGAAUUAUAGGCCGAGCUGGAGAUUCUAUUCGGAUGCGAAAUAA